AUGAAACAUUUAGAACAACUUCAAAUAAUUGCUGAUCAAAAUAAUGGAACACGUGCAAUCGCAACUGGUGGAUUCAAUGGCACACUCGAUUAUAUUACUAGUCAACUUGAGCAAAAUACAAAGUUAAUAAUUCAACAUCUAUAUUUUACAGUUCAAAAUUACUUUAUUCAAGGAACUCCACAGUUGCAAACACAAAUCAAUGGAAAUUUAACCAGUCCUAUUUAUUUGACAGAUUUCACUCAAAUAGUAUUAUCAUCAGGAGCUCAUUUUGAAACAUUUGUUCCAGUAGUUCCUAUUUUAAACUUUGGUUGUGAAGAUACUGAUUGGAACAAUACAACAGUGAUGAAUUUAAUUGCAUUGGUCAAACGAGGCGACUGUUCAUAUAAACAGAAAUCUGCACUAGCUGAAAAGUAUCGAGUGAAAGGAUUGCUAAUUUACAAUGACGGAGCAGCACUGGAUCAUUUUCAACCAAUACAAGGAGUGAAUAAUAAUUGGAAUACCACAAUUCCAGCCUAUUUCUUAUCAUAUAAUCUAGGAGUGCAGUUAGCCAAUGCAGCCGGUAAUGCCAGUGUUAUCAUGAAUAUCAAUGUCAGUAAUGCUUAUGGAAUUAGAAAUAUUUGUGCUGAUACACAAACAGGAGACAAAACAAAAACAAUUUUGAUCGGUUCACAUAGCGAUUCAGUAUCAGCAGGAAGCGGAAUCAAUGAUAAUGGUAGUGGAACAAUUGGCAAUUUGGUUUUAGCUCUAAAUUUAGCUCGUUUAUUUCAAACAUCUUCAUUACGCUAUUCGACAUAUCCGUAUCGUGUUCGAUUUUGUUGGUGGGGUGCUGAAGAACUUGGUCUUCUUGUUUC